UAGAAAACACACAGAAGCAGCUUUAGCCGCAGAAGAAACAGAGCUGUAAUCAAAAUAAGCUUCAGAUUUACUUUAUAAUUCUGGAUCUGUUCUGAUUCCGUCUGGGAUUCGAUCGUUUCAGCGGGUUCUGAGCGAUUUGAGAGCGGAAGUUUGGUACCACGUUGUUGGGGACCUUCUGUUUCCUUACCCACCUUCUUCAUGGACCAGGACUAUGAGCGCCGACUACUGCGGCAGAUCAACGUCCAGAAUGACAACGCCAGUCCCGUGAAAGUCACAGACGUGAUCCGCCACCUGACCCCCACCAAGUCGCCCAUGUCCUCACCCAGCAAACACGGCGACCGCUUCAUACCAUCACGAGCAGGAGCCAACUGGAGCAUCAACUUCCACAGGAUCAACGAAAACGAGAAGUUACCAAGCCAGAAUAAGAAGACCAAGGAUGCUACCUCAGAUACAGGCAAAGCUGAUGGUUUGGCGUACUCGGCGCUGCUGAAGAACGAGCUUCUCGGAGCUGGAAUCGAAAAGGUGCAGGACCCACAGACUGAAGACAGGAGGCUCCAACCCUCAACUCCAGAGAAACGAAGUCUGUUUAACUAUUCCCUCAGCACCAAGAGAGCCACGCCCGACGAUGGGAACAACGUCUCGCCCUACUCUCUGUCCCCCGUCAGCAGCAAAAGUCAGAAGCUGCUUCGCUCGCCACGGAAACCAACUCGCAAGAUCUCCAAGAUCCCCUUCAAGGUUCUGGACGCUCCCGAGCUACAGGACGAUUUCUACCUCAACCUGGUGGACUGGUCGUCCCUGAACGUGCUCAGCGUGGGACUGGGUACCUGCGUCUACCUCUGGAGCGCCUGCACCAGCCAGGUGACGCGUCUGUGUGACCUGUCUGUGGAAGGGGAUUCGGUCACGUCCGUCGGCUGGUCAGAAAGAGGGAAUCACGUGGCGGUGGGGACACACAAAGGAUUUGUACAGAUCUGGGACGCAGCGGCCGGCAAGAAACUGCUCUCACUGGAAGGACACACAGCCCGAGUCGGCGCGUUGGCGUGGAAUGCGGAUCAGCUCUCCUCCGGCAGCAGAGACCGGAUGAUCCUGCAGAGGGACAUCAGGACGCCGCCGCUGCAGUCCGAGCGCAAACUCCAGGGCCACAGACAGGAGGUGUGCGGCCUCAAGUGGAGCACGGAUCACCAACUGCUCGCCUCGGGAGGGAACGAUAACAAGUUGCUGGUGUGGAAUCACUCGAGCGUGACUCCGGUGCAGCAGUACACCGAGCAUUUAGCAGCGGUGAAGGCCAUCGCCUGGUCCCCUCACCAGCACGGCCUGCUGGCGUCCGGAGGAGGCACGGCCGACCGCUGCAUCCGCUUCUGGAACACGCUCACGGCGCAGCCGCUGCAGUGUAUCGACACGGGCUCGCAGGUCUGCAACCUGGCCUGGUCCAAACACACCAACGAACUGGUGAGCACGCACGGUUAUUCUCAGAACCAGAUCCUGGUGUGGAAGUACCCGUCUCUCACUCAGAUCGCCAAACUGACCGGCCACUCCUACAGGGUGCUUUAUCUGGCGAUGUCCCCGGAUGGAGAGGCCAUCGUUACAGGAGCAGGUGAUGAGACGCUACGCUUCUGGAACGUGUUCAGCAAAACUCGGUCAACGAAGGAGUCUGUAUCGGUCCUGAACCUCUUCACCAGGAUACGAUGAGGAUCCACCUCCUACUGCAGAUGUUUGGAACGUUACGAGCGCUCAUUACGGACCCGUUCACUCAAAACGAUCUGUGAACACCUCACACCUUCUGUUGUACAGUUCUGGACUUCUUCUUGCCGCCGCCGCCGCACUGCCUUCAGUGUCGUUCAGCGUGUUUAUUUUUAUGUUUGUACAGUUUGGGUCGUGUUUUUAUGUUAGCAGUCAGUGUCUGAUCAUCCAGCGCAGAGACACAGCAGGCCUUAAUGAGUCAGGAAAGGGUGAAAAAGAGUUAAAGAUUGUGGAACCAAUGGGUUAGGAAUCUAAUUUAUCGUUUAUUUGGGGGGGAGGGGGGGGGGGGUGUAUUUAAAAAGUAAAAUCAUGACUCUACAUGGCAACAAGAGUGUCGUUUUAAAACGGAGUUGCUGAUGAUUAUUAUGGUUAUAAAACACCC